CUUUGGCUUAUUAUCAAGAAUCAUAUUAUCCAUAUUGAUCCAUUUAAUUUAAUUUUUAAUAUAAUCCUUGAAUUAACGUGGGAAAGUGUCUAUUGGGAUUUACAGGCAGGUAAUCGAAUUAAACUGCCGAACAGAACAGCAUCGGCUCCAGCUCGUGCAAAACGUUCUUGGGCUGAUGAUUUUCUGAAUACAUUCAUCCAAGUACCAUGUUAUGAAGCCGCUCUACCAGGAAUGGAUUAUUUGACGCAGUUCGUGCUGGAAGCUAAAUCUUACGAAGAAUUAUUCAACUUAGAUUAUCAACAGAUGUUAUGCUCAUUACAUACUCAUCUCAAGGAUCACUUUGACAAAUUUGCUAAUAUCACACCUUAUAGGAAUAUUUGGAGUUUACCAAAUUAUUUGUCUUGCAUAUCAGCCAAUCUUAUUACUAAUUGCUCAUUUCUAACUGAAGAUGACGUAAAAUCCUCUCGUAGUAUCGUUGAUUUUUGUCGGCCAUAUCGAUCACAAAUAAUAAAAUGUCGUCAGAAUUGUUCAGCUGACUGUCCUCUGUGUCCAGAUUUACCCAGCAAUUGUUCCAACCAGAUGAUCUUUGACUUAUUUUAUCGGAUUCUUCCUAAGAAUUUGUACGCUAAACCUAUUCACAUCAACGCUUUCUUGCCUGUUUUCACAUCAGCAGGAUAUCAAUCACAGGGUAUUAAUAAUGUGGUCGUCAAGGAUUUUGUGGAUAUACAAGAUGCCUUGAAAAAUUUUUCUGUACAACACAAAAGUUUCAAACUAAAAGGAUUAUCGAUGGGUAUAAAACGUGAUAUAUUAUAUGAUGGCGCAAGACGUGAUUCUUUACUUGCUUGUCUAGCUGCCUUUUGUGUUUUUUUCAUGGUUUUUUUAUAUUCUUUGAAUAUAUUCUACUGCUUGACUGUUGCUUUUGUACUUAUUGCGUCUGUUCUUACUGCCUUAGCCAUUUAUUCACUAUUUACGCAGGAAUUUCCUCUGCUAAAUCUGGUCAUUUUUGUACUUCUAUUGGCUAUUGGUUCAGAUGACGCAUUUGUUCUAUUGAAUUCGUUUCCUACAGAAAUCACUUCAAAAAGUAUUUAUCAGUGCUUAUCACACACGGCUAGUGCUAUGCUUCUAACUUCGGCAUCUACAGCUGUACCAUUUUUCACUAAUAUCCUCAGCAGUGUGAUUGUUUUUAGAUAUUUUGGCUUGUUCGCAGGUCUUACGUUGGUAAUUAAUUAUUUGCUAGAAAUAUCCCUUCUUCCAGCGAUGCUUAUAUUCCAGAAUCGUUACAUUCAUCGUUGUCUAAUUGCACGUAAAUUCUCUAAACUUAAUUAUGUGAUGCGUGAUUUGCUACCAUUUGUUGUCAUCUCUGGUCGCUAUAUUUGGAUUUCAUCGUUUGCAAUUAUUGUCUCUGCAAUGACAUAUUUGACUUACGCAAAUUUGCAAUUCCCUCAUUAUAAUCCACUACAACUCUUCGUAAAUUCGAACGAACAUGAAUGGUAUGAUAAUAAUGCAGAGAAAACAUUUGAAUUUGUAGCUGAAAAAUUAGCCGUUCCAAUUACGGUUCGAUUGCUUUGGGGUUUAGCACCACGAACAUCACAGAGUAUAUUUCGUCCUGAUAAUUUAUCCCCAAUCGAAAUUGAUCUAAGAUUUUCGCUACAAAAUACUACUGAAGUUCAAAAGUUAGCGCUCAGAUUACAUGACUAUCGACACGUCAACUUCAUUAAUCAUAAAUAUGAAUAUUGGCCAGAAAGAUAUCUUGAAUGGAGUCGUAGUUUUAUCUGUGAACCGUCUAAAACGUGUUGCAACUUUGCGGAUUCAGAUUUUCAAGAAAGUUCUAUGGAUCAUUGCAUACGGUUAUCUACAGCAUCUCUUUUCACUAAUUACAAUGAUACGCUAAUUUAUGACAAUUCAACAUAUAAACUGCUUGGUUAUACAGCAAUGUUGCCAACAAAUCUGAAAUACUCCCAUCGAUUCCAAAAUUUAUCACAUUCGUUUAAUUUGCUACGUCAUACAUUCAGUGGUUGGUAUACCACAGAAUGGAGUUUGAUGAAUAUAUGGUUUGAUUUGUUAAAUUCGAUUAUUACUGAUUGUCGUCAAUCGUUAUUAUUGUCAUUUUCUGCUGUUACGAUUCUCGCAUUUCUGCAUUUGAGGUGGAAAGCACCAAUAGCUCUAUUAACUAUCGGUUGUAUUGUUAUAGUAGCAGUUGGAUGUGUAGUAACGCUAGGCUGGACAAUUGGACUGUUAGAAGCAGUUAUACUUAUACUUGUCGUUGGGCUAUCUUUUGAUUUUACGUUACAUUAUGGUGCUUCUGUCCCGGAUUCUGGUUGUAGCAAGCAUCGAGUUUUGCUAGCAGCUCGAAAGUCAGCAAUUCCAGUAACCUUGUCAGCUUUAUCAUCAGUUGUUGCUGGUAGUUCAAUGUUAAUCGCUGAAACACACGCUUUUUAUCAAGUAGGCAUGUUUCUAGUAGUUUCCGCUAGUACCAGUUGGUUGUUCGCCACUUUUUUAUUUCUACCACUUUUGUCACUAACUUUGCAGUCAACAAAGAUAUGCAAACUUUGUCGCCAAAAAACUGUAAAUGUUAUUGACUCAGCAGCAAAAGUGAAAUCAACUUUUAUGUAA